AUUAAUUUCUUGUUCCUGCUGUAUCACUGGAAUCCCUGAACUGUAAUCCUUACAUCAAUCCGAUGACAGGUGAUUUUCUGAAGCUUUGAAUCGAUUUUCCUAUUUUCUGAAUGUUGUAUUUGUGUUCUUGUUCCGAUCCUGAUGAUUCGAUUCGUUCUGCAUGUUCGUGUUUGGUUUUGAAAUUCGUUUCUAAGAUUUCUAGCAUUUUGUAGAAUUCACACCUUAAAUUUUAACCAUAAGAAUAUAUAGAAUCUUGUAAAUGCUUUCGAUUUCUAUGGUUCCAUGGGGUUUUACUUGUGUUGUGAUUUCAAACUUGUCCCAUUUUGUAGAAUUCAUAACUUAAAUUCACAUAGAGGCGUCUAAUUGUGGUAGUUAUUAAUUUGGUUGUAGGGUUAAAGGUUGCAGUAGAGUGGUCAUGGAUUGGCUCAGUGCUUCUGCACGUCCCAUAAUAGUUUCUGAUCUUGAUCAUACAAUGGUUGAUCAUCAUGAUGUUGAGAAUGUAUCCCUACUCUGCUGCUACAUAUAUCAUCAUGCCCAGGUGGAAUUAAAGAGUCCCUGCUAGUUUGGAGUGUUGGCUGAUGGUUUAACUUGAGUAUAGGUAUAGAUAGAAGUAUAUAGCUAGCUUUUAUUGGGAGCAUUAGGAAAGCAAAUUUAUCCUAAAAUAAUAAACUGAAGAAAACUUUUAGCUUAAAUGCUUGACCAAAAUGUACUUUAUGUAGCUGUACCUAGAACCAGUACUAAGACUAAGUUACAUUUUAGAUCUACUUUGAUUGGAACCUAUUGACAUUUGGCAUCAACUUUUAUUGAUUUUUUUUUAUGUAAUGAAUCUAUUAAGAAAUGCUGUUUCCACUUUUCAUUUCUUGUUGGAAUAGUUUAUGAUCUAUGUCCAAAAAGGACGACCGUUUUAAUUCUUUCUUUCUUCAGGAUUCAUCUGCUGUAACUGUCCAUCCAUCUGGUGUUGAGAAAACUCUACAUGAAUGCAUACAUGAAUUGAAAGGGUGGUAUGGAGACAAGCAGGGGAAAAAGUUUCGGGUUUGGGUGGAUCGUGUAUUAUCUACGCAGAUUGGUCCAAGCACAUGGUUGGUGAAUUUCAAUAAGUGGGAGCAAUAUGGUGAUGUGCGGUGCUGUUGUGCAACCACAGGAAAGAUCAAUGCUAAGAUAAGAAAGCUAGAACAUUAUAAUGUGUAAACCAACUUUUUGAAAUGAUUUGCUCAGAUGAUUGACUUGUGGACUUCAAGAGGGUGAUGGUUCACAUGGGUUCAGCCGGAUGCGUGUACAACAGGCGUGGCUGUAAGGAUCAAAAAUAAAAGAUCAUUCAGCCUGGCUGUUCUAGAUUGGUAUCAGAUACUAUCCCUGACCUUUCCAGCUCCAGAGUAUUGUUCAGUAGUCAAUUGAAGUAAAUGUACUAAUGACGUUGAUGUUUCAUUUCUUAUAUAUAAAACUAUACAUAGCCAUAGAAUAUUGGGGAUCAUUCCCUUCGUAACUUACUUUUUCAGGAUAUAAAUCAUUUACAUUUCU